AAAAAAGGAAGGAAGGAAGAAGGAAGGAAGGAAGGAAAGGACAUGACUUCUUCAUUCAAGCUGGAUUUUCUGCCAGAGAUGAUGGUCGAUAGCCGUUUGCUAGUUUCCGACAGAAUUAACGGCACAGCGAACAAAAUGAAUGGCGCUUUGGAUCACUCAGACCAACCAGACCCUGAUGCCAUUAAGAUGUUUGUCGGGCAGAUCCCCCGCUCGUGGUCAGAAAAGGAACUGAAAGAACUUUUUGAGCCUUACGGAGCUGUUUACCAGAUCAAUGUUCUCCGAGAUCGCAGCCAGAAUCCUCCCCAAAGUAAAGGUUGUUGUUUCAUCACAUUUUAUACAAGGAAAGCUGCACUAGAGGCUCAGAAUGCACUGCACAAUAUUAAAACUUUACCUGGGAUGCAUCAUCCCAUUCAGAUGAAACCUGCAGAUAGUGAGAAGUCCAACGCUGUGGAAGACAGAAAAUUGUUCAUAGGAAUGGUUUCGAAGAAGUGUAAUGAGAACGAUAUCAGAGUGCUGUUUUCUCCAUUUGGCCAGAUUGAAGAAUGCCGAAUCCUUCGGGGACCGGACGGACUCAGCAGAGUGCACAGCUUCAAUAUGGAAUCUAGCCGAGGCUGUGCGUUUGUCACGUUUUCGACAAGGGCAAUGGCACAGAAUGCAAUCAAAGCUAUGCACCAGUCCCAGACCAUGGAGGGCUGUUCUUCACCAAUUGUCGUGAAGUUUGCUGACACCCAAAAGGACAAAGAACAAAGACGUUUACAACAGCAAUUGGCACAGCAAAUGCAACAGCUCAAUACUGCCACUUGGGGAAACCUUACAGGCCUUGGAGGAUUUACCCCACAGUACCUGGCUAGAUUAGACAUUAAUAUGGAUUUACAGCAUCGACUCUGGGGACCUUCAUUCCAACACCAGGCAGAAGCAAGAGACUGUAUAAAUCUUCUGCAGCAAGCAACUUCUUCCAGUAACUUGGGUGCCUUCAGUGGCAUUCAACAAAUGGCUGGAAUGAAUGCUUUACAGCUACAGAAUUUGGCAACGUUAGCUGCUGCAGCCGCUGCAGCCCAGUCCUCAGCCAACACCACCAAUGCGAAUCCACUCUCCACAGCCUCGGGGGCCCUUGGUGCACUCACGAGCCCAGUGGCUGCAUCAACAGCAAAUUCUACAGCAGGGGCAGCAAUGAAUUCUCUGACUUCUCUGGGGACUUUACAAGGACUAGCUGGAGCAACGGUUGGAUUGAAUAAUAUUAAUGCACUAGCAGUUGCUCAAAUGCUCUCAGGUAUGGCUGCUCUGAAUGGAGGACUCGGUGCAACAGGCUUGACCAAUGGUACAGCUGGCACAAUGGAUGCCCUCACUCAAGCCUACUCAGGAAUACAGCAGUAUGCCGCCGCGGCACUGCCCACCCUCUACAGUCAAACUUUGCUACAACAACAAAGUGCUGCAGGCAGCCAGAAAGAAGGUCCGGAAGGAGCAAACCUUUUCAUUUAUCAUCUCCCACAAGAGUUUGGCGACCAGGACAUUCUGCAGAUGUUUAUGCCUUUUGGAAAUGUUAUUUCUGCUAAGGUCUUCAUUGACAAACAGACCAAUCUGAGCAAGUGUUUUGGUUUUGUUAGCUAUGACAAUCCUGUCUCUGCACAGGCUGCAAUACAGGCGAUGAACGGCUUUCAAAUUGGCAUGAAACGCCUGAAAGUUCAGCUGAAGCGCUCAAAAAACGACAGCAAACCUUACUGACCGUUCUCCCAGGAGCUUUCUGCUCUUAAUUUAGAUUUCUUAGGACAUCUUCAUGCCCGUUAGUUCAUCGUUUGCCUAGCAUGUCCCUGUGACGUCUUUAAAAAGUUUCAUCGUCCCGUCAUUGUUUCUGAUGUCUUUCUGACCUCACAUCAUAAUUUGGUUCUCCUACUGAUCUUUGAUCUAUAGUUUGAACCUUUGAAAUUUGCAUGUGACCUCAUCUAGCUAUAUGAAUUCUGGGAAGUCAAUGUGAAAAGCAUUGCUGCAUUUAUGCAAGAUCAAAAUUUAUUCGUAGUCAAAUUAAUGAUAGGAGUACUAAAACACACACACACACACACACAAACACAACCUGUGGCAAAAUGUUUUGUUAAAGUUUUCGGUGUUCCUUUUUCCUUUUUCCCCCCUUUUUUUCUUUUCUUUUUUCUGUUUAAAACAAAAACAAAAACCAGACUUGAAAGUAUUAGACAGAGACUGGCAUUCUGGCUGGUCUCUUAAUGACAUAGCAAUAUGUGUCCACAGGCACAGAAUGUUGGUUUCUAACAGACUACUUCCGAAAUAGUUUGAAAUGAAGAACUGUCUGAUUUUAAGUCUCUAGAGGUCUGUAAUAGUUUUUACAUUUUUCAGGCAGUGUAAAGUUUUUUGAUAAGGCCAUUUUAGGUGGCUCACUUUCUCAUUAAGAAUAUAUAUAUAUAGAACCACUUUUUGUAGAUUAGUAUAAAAAAAUAUUUACCCUGUUUUAGGGCAAAUGCUACCUAUUUGUCACCUUUUGCUGAACUGACUCACAAGUUAGACAAUCCAUGAAUUAAUGCACAUGAAAAUUACCUAUAUUUUAUACUGUUUUGAUGUACAGGAGAAAGGUUAUUGUAAGCUAUUGUUUCAUGUGGUGCUUUUGUGAAUUAAGUUGUGGUCUCAUCAUUGGGGGGGUUCCUCAUGGUCUUUAAGUGUUCUGUGUUUAUAAACAGCAGGUUUGAAAUUGGUUUUUACUUGAACAUCAACAACAGAACAAAAAAAAAUGAAUUUCAAAAAAUGAAAAAAAGUUGUUUGCUUAAAAUUAAAAAAAAAAAAAGUUUUCAUGUGAAAAAUAAAAACUAUUCCAGACUAAGUUUGUGUUGGCUUCUGUGAGGCAUUGAUGUCAAUUUUUUUAAAAUUAUUAUUGUGGACAAUUUCGAUGUGUUUGUGUUCAGCAAAAUGUGAUUCAGUUUUCCUUUUAGAUAAAUAAAUAAAUAAAUAAAUAAUAAGAACUCGGUGGGGGGAAAAAAUUAGUGCCAAAUUCCAAAGGUACUUCUCUUCCUAGAGCUUCAGUGUGUUUCUUGUGUGAAGUAAUUUGAUAACAUGGGUAUUUUAUUAUGUGUUUUGUAUAAAUCCCUAAUAUUUAAAGGAAAAAAAAGAGGUUAAAAAGUUUGUUAACUUGCUAUCCUGUGGUCUUGUUGCCUGAAAUUGUUGUUGUUUGUUAUUUCUCUUGGAUGUUUUUUUGUAAAACAUUGUACAAGUGCCCAUGUCUCCCUUUUCCAACCAUUCUGCGCAUCAAUGCUGUGAAUGCAAGCCUCACAAUGUAAUUGCCUCAUAAUGUAUUGAAACCUCUAAGGUGAGAAAGCUUUGAACUUCUAACCCUUUCCACCCAGAGUUGUCUUGAGUGUUAAUU